UCACUCCCGCCACUGAGCUCCGCCGAGUGCGCUCGGGUUUUCUGAGCAGCGAAGGUGUUGCGCAAAGGGUCCGAGGCUCGAACGAUUGCAGGCUCUUCGCCUCCAUACAAAGACCCUUUCCCCCAUAUUAAUUUGUUCGAUUUGCCCUCUCUCAGGGCGAUCAAGCGCGAUUUCGAGAUAGAGGAGACGAAUGCUGUGUAGGUCGGUUGGGAUCAUAUCUGAGACCAUACCGUAGGAAACUGCAGCAGCUACUAGCUGAUGCUUACUGAUUGAAAUCUCAUUGGUUCUGAUUGAUACUCUGAUCCCAGCUACUUUGGGUUUCUUCCAAGACAGCAGCAGCGGCAGUUACCAUUCAUAAAUGGAGGCCCUGUACUCCAAGCUCUACGACAAGUAUACCAAGCUAAAGGCUAAGAAACUUUCUGAGUUUGAUCAGAUAAAUAAAGAUCAAGAAGUUAAAUUUAUGAAGUUCAUGUCUGCUGCAGAGGAUUUGAUAGAGCACUUGAAGAGCGAAAAUAACCAGUUGCAUGAACAAGUGAAUGACUUGAGAAGUGAAGUGGCUUCGAUAAGGCUUGCCAAAGACAAAGAGGUUGCUGAUUAUCAAAGGAUUGUAAUGGAGGAGAGCAAGAAAAAUGAGGCUCUUAUUGAAGAAAUUGGGAGAUUCCAAAAGCUGCAUCAGGAUGGAAGUUCUGGGAACUUGAAGCAAAUCAAUAAUAAAAUGCAUGAAGAUGAUGAGCUUCGUGCUAUAUCCAUUACCUCAUCCAUAAGGAGGACCAGAAAACGUACUAGGAAUGAUGCAUCAGAAGAAAUAGAUAGGUCUAAACCAUGUGGAAAUGCUGAAAACAAUUCUGUGGCACGAGACUCAGCAGCACAAAACUUAUGCAAUGAGACAGCCAUUGGUGAGCUGAUGUGUGGUUCUGGGGCCGGUGACCAAUCAGGUGUUAAUUUGCAGGAAAGAAACUGGUUAGUUCAAGCUCUUUUUGAGCAUGUUCUGGGCAUGAAAUUAUCCACUGACCAUCAAACUGAACGAGUAUGCAUUUCAGCCCUCCAUCAGUCAAGCGGUUAUUCUUUCAGUUUGACUUGGGUAAGCAAAGCUCCUGGAGAGGAAGCAGAACUGCUGUACCAUGUUGUUUCUUUGGGCACAUUUGAAAGAGUAGCGCCAGAAUGGAUGAGAGAGGAUAUCAUGUUCAGCACCAGCAUGUGCCCCACCUUCUUUGAAAGGGUAUCUCGGGUUAUCAAGCUAUGCUGCUAAGUUUCUUACAAUAUUGGGCUUCGCGGGUCACGUCUGCACAGUUUUAACUGUAGAUUGUAGUCUUUGGAUGUUGACUUGAUGCAAAAUAGUCGGCUCAGAACCAAUCUGAGCCUUACCUGUAUGAUACUUCACUUUCCAGUUAACUUAGUCUUUGGAUGUUGGGUUGAUGUAAAAUAGUUGACUUAGAACCUAUCUGAGUCUUACCUGUGUGAUACUCCAUUUGCCAAGUUCAAUAUCAAUAUAUUCGCUGAUUCUGAAGUA